AUGGAAAACUGUGUUGAUGCCAAAAUAGAAACCAAGGGGGAAAGAACGCCAAUGAAGCAGAAUCCACUGAGCACGGGUGGGAAGAGUUUCUGCAGGGUUGUGGGUUACCUCACUGGAGACAUGAAGGAUUUUGGAACCUGGCUGAAAGACAAACCUCUCCUGAUCCAGCUCCUUGACUGGGUGCUGCGUGGGAUAUCCCAGGUGAUGUUUGUCAACAAUCCCCUCAGUGGGUUGGUCAUUCUGACUGGCCUCCUGCUGCAGAACCCAUGGUGGACACUCACUGGAUGUGUGGGAACACUUGUCUCAACUUUAACAGCACUUAUUCUGGGUCAGGACAGAUCAGCCAUAGCAGCAGGCCUGUACGGGUACAACGGGGUCUUGGUGGGAUUGCUGAUGGCUGUGUUCUCCGCUGAUGGAGACUACAACUGGUGGCUCCUCCUGCCAGUGGCACUGGUGUCCAUGACCUGCCCUAUUUUCACCAGUGCUUUAAGUACAGUUUUCUCUAAGUGGGACCUGCCUGUUCUGACCUUGCCUUUCAACUUGGCCUUGACCCUCUAUCUGGCUGCUUCAGGACCACACAACCUCUUCUUCCCUACAGCUGUCAUUCAUCCUGCCACGGCAGCACCAAAUAUCACCUGGGCAGAUGCUGAAAUCACAAUGCUCCUGCAAUCCAUUCCAGUUGGCGUGGGCCAGGUUUAUGGUUGUGACAAUCCCUGGACUGGGGGAAUUUUCCUGAUUGGUUUAUUUAUCUCCUCUCCACUCAUCUGUGUCCAUGCAGUGAUCGGCUCAGCAGUGGGGAUGCUGGCAGGGCUGAGCUUAGCAACACCGUUUAACCAGAUCUACCUGGGGCUGUGGGGCUACAACAGCUCGCUGUCCUGCGCUGCCAUCGGGGGCAUGUUCUUGGCUUUCACCUGGCAGACACACCUCUUGGCCAUGGCCUCUGCACUCUUCAGUGCCUACCUGGGAGCAGCAGUGACUCAUAUGUUGUCUGCAUUUGGGGUGCCAUCAGGAACCUGGCCUUUUUGCUUGUCUGCGCUGACCUUCCUGCUAAUGACCACAAACAGCUCUGGGAUCUGCAAGCUGCCUCUCUCCAAAGUCACCUACCCAGAGGCCAACCGAGCUUAUUAUCUGGUGAUGAAGAAACAUGAGAGGUCUUGCUGUGAGGCAUAG